CGAGAGCGCGGCACAUUCAUCAGCACGUAUAUCUGUGUGUGUUUUGAGGCGUACAAGAGUCGUACGCUGUUGACAUUUGCUGUGCAUUGAAAUAUGGAUAAGGCCAAAUCAACGUUGGAUCAGAAAGGUUCUGGUCCUUGCUACACAAACAUGCACAACAAGCCAAUCCGGCGACAGCUGAGCAACGGGAGCUGUAGCCCGUACAGUCCGACGGACGAUAAUUACCACCAUCUUCACCACGACCCUCAAACCAACGGCUCUCCGGCGAAAAGGUGUCGGCUGCGGAGGCGAUUGGAGUCGGCAAAGAAAAACAGACCGCCCUUUCCGUGGUUUGGGAUGGAUAUUGGUGGUACUUUAGUAAAACUUGUGUACUUCGAGCCAAAAGACAUCACCGCAGAGGAGGAGCAAGAGGAGGUGGAGAAUCUGAAGAGCAUACGCAGGUACCUCACCUCCAACACAGCCUACGGCAAAACCGGCAUCCGUGAUGUGCACCUGGAGCUGCGCAACCUGACCAUCUGCGGUCGCACAGGGAACCUGCAUUUCAUCCGCUUCCCCACCGCCGCCAUGCAUACAUUCAUACAGAUGGGCAGAGAUAAGCACUUCUCCAGCCUGCAUACCACACUGUGCGCCACCGGAGGCGGGGCGUACAAGUUUGAGAAUGACUUCAGAACGAUGGCCGACCUAGAGCUGCUGAAGUUGGAUGAGCUGGACUGUCUGAUCCAGGGGCUGCUGUACAUAGACUCGGUCGGUUUUAACGGUCAUCCUGAAUGCUAUUACUUUGAAAACCCCUCCGACACACAGAACUGCAUCAAGAGACCCUGUUGUCUUGACAACCUUUUUCCCAUGUUGCUGGUCAACAUUGGCUCGGGCGUCAGUAUUCUGGCAGUGUACUCCAAGGACAACUACAAACGCGUGACAGGCACCAGUCUUGGAGGAGGGACGUUUUUGGGGUUGUGUUGCCUGUUGACGGGUUGUGAGACAUUUGAAGAGGCCCUUGAAAUGGCCAGCAAAGGGGACAGCACCAACGUGGACAAACUGGUGAAGGACAUCUAUGGAGGGGACUACCAGCGCUUCGGCCUACAGGGGUCUGCGGUGGCUUCAAGUUUUGGUCACAUGAUGAGCAAAGAGAAGAGGGACAGUAUUUCUAAAGAGGAUUUGGCCCGAGCAACACUCGUCACUAUAACCAACAACAUUGGCUCCAUCGCACGCAUGUGUGCAGUCAACGAGAAAAUGGAACGGGUUGUUUUUGUGGGGAACUUUCUGCGUAUAAACACAGUGUCAACAAAGCUGCUUGCCUAUGCUAUGGACUUCUGGUCUAAGGGCCAGCUGAGGGCCCUUUUCCUGGAACAUGAGGGAUACUUUGGAGCCGUCGGUGCUUUUCUAGAACUGCUGAAGUCUUCUGAAGACGCAUAAAGGAAUGGAAUCCUCGUCUCUGAUCAUCCAGAAGCUGCUUUAAGACUUCAACAAAGAAGCUCCAACAGGAACACUAGAACAUUGGAAAAUUUGAAAGAAGCCAUUAUAGUAACUAACCUGUAAAUAACCCUUAAAAUAAGAUUUUAAAGAAUAUUUUUAUGAGUAACUUAGUCUCCCUCAGACUGACGACUACCGGAAUCUAAUUGUUAAUUUGUUUUCCUUUUGUUGUUCUCAUUUUGUACUGUUUGUAAAUAUCGUUGUGUAGUGAACAGGGAGAGUUUACUGAUGGCCAAAACCUGCUGUUUAAAGUUUUGCUGUUCUUGACCAGCCACCAGCAGACCCAAAUGAUGUUUAACACACUAUUUUAAUUCAGAUUUAAGCAUCAGGUGCUGUGUCAGGAAUGUGUCCCGGCUGUUUGGGAUACAGAUCCUCUAAGUAAAGAAAAGACGUU